AUGUCUCAUCUGCCCGAGACCGAGCUGAAAUACCUAUCAUGCAGUGCCAUGUUUGCCAACUUGCCCCAGGUUGUCCAACACCCGUGGUACCCUACACCCGCAUCUCUGCACGAUGCCUAUCGUGCAGCCCGGGGUGGCAGUGGCAGUGGCAAGGUGGGCAAACUAGCAGUGACGUGCGUCCAGAUGUAA